AAUACACAAUACGUUUUGACAAUUGCAUCAGUGCUGUGUCUAGAUAAACACAAUUUAAUAUCUGUUUCGUAUUUAAUUUUCCAAUUCCAAUAUAAAAUAUAAAGCACAUAGAUUAGAUUUAAAGAUGACGGCAAUAAAUCUGAAAGAUGACCUCGAUGAGUAUCUGUUGCUGCAAAGUGAUCAGAAGAAAAAUUUCAAAAUUGACUUGAAAAUGCCAACACUCAAAGUUCCCGAGAUAAAAAAUCUAUUCGGCAAAAGUGAGCCACAAGAAGCCAAUGGAUGGUUACAGGACACAAAGGAUAGCUGCUGCCCGAAAUUGUCGCGAAUGCAGCGGAUAAUCGGAUUUUUCGUAUGUUUGGGCCUCGGAAUCUUCUGCAUGUCACUGUCAACACUCUACAUCCCCGUAUUAAUAUUGAAAGCCCGAAAGUUUGCUCUUCUAUUCUCACUGGGCAGUUUGUUUUUCAUUAUGAGUUUCUGUUUCCUGAGUGGUUUCAUGGUAUUCUUCAGGCAAGCAUUCUCAAAGGCAAGGCUAGCGCUUUCGGGAACGUACGCAGGCAGUUUAAUUGCAACCCUCUACUUUGCAAUGUUUAUGCAAAGCACCGUGCUUACGGUUUUAACCGCUGUGAUUCAAGUCAUUUCAUUGUUUUUCAUGAUAUUAGCAGAAGUUCCUGGUGGCUCAAGUGGCCUGCGAUUCUUUACAUCGAUGUUUAGACGUUCAGUUUCAAGUACAUUACCUGUGUAGAUAAAAAUAAUCCCUCUCGACUAAUUAAUACCGACUGAAAGCAAUCCAUAAUAAUAAAAUAAGAAUCACAUUUAUAGAAAUAAAACCAGUUUAUUAUCCAUAAU